GACUUGAAUUCCCCAGAUGUGUAUGAGACCAGUGAUCUGCCAGAGUCGGAACAGAGUAUUGCUCCCAGUCAGGAGGAAGUUCCCAAUGAUGCCAUAGAUAAAAUACAACUGGAUACUGAGACAGCGUAUAAACAGUUUAAAGGAAAGGGAGUGGAGGGGAAGAAUAUUGAUUUCUCUGACAAGAUCAGUGAGUCACGGAGAACUGGUUAUGAGGCCCAAGUGGAAUAUGAACUGCUAGGGGAAGGUACGGGUAAAGUAGAAUCUCCACAGCAGAAAUACAUGAGGCUUCAACAUGAGAUACGUGAACUUAGUGAGGAAGUCAGCAAGAUUAAGGACAAUAUCAAGUCCGAAGCGACAGAGGAAAAAUUAUCCCCAGUAUCUAUGGGGAAACAAUUAGAAUAUUUACAACAUCAGUUAACAGACCUUCAUCUGGAGAAAGUCCUCGGACCAGAAGCCUCUGUUGAUCUCUCUGAUCCCCAGGGGGCGCUGCAAAAGAGACUGUUAACACAACUAGAAUCAUUUAAACCUAGCCAGAAACCAGCCUCUAAAGCUGGUAAGGAGAGUGGAGCCGGUGAAGAUCAUGUGACCUAUGAACUUUUCUACCGCCCUGAACAGGCACAGUUCAGUAGAAAUGCAAAGCUAGCAAGUUUGGAAGAACGUUUAGAAAGAUUAGAGGCUGCAAUGGGAAACACCAGUUCUGAUAAACUGGGUAUACUCACAGCAGAUACAGAUAAUAAAAGUCUAGUGGGAGCUGUUGCUGUUGUGAACUCCAAGAUGUCUCUUUUAGAUCCAACCAAUGUAGAACAGGUGGAGGUGAGGUUACACAGUGUGUUGCAGAAACUUGAUAAAAUUGCUGAGAAGAAAAACACGCAAGAAGAUGGCGAGAAACAGAACAAAAUAUCCGAGCUGUACAGUAUGGUAAAAAAAUGGGAGGCAACUGCUGAUGUCCUACCUAAGGUUGUUGAUAGGUUGUCUGCCUUGAAAGAUUUACAUGAACAAGCCCUACAGUUUAGUCAAGCCCUGGCAUAUUUAGACACGACACAGGAAGAAAUUAACACUAGUCUUAAAUCACAUGGUGAUAUGUUAAAACAAAUGGAGGGAACAAUGAAUGAAAAUAUUUCAACUAUAAAGAAUAAUUGUGAAAGUUUAGAUGAAAGAAUGAAGAAUUUAAAGUGAAAACAAUUUAUAAUUUUAUUUUAUGACUGUAACUUAUAUAUAAGCAUUUCUCAUUGUCAGAGAUUCAGAAAAUUAUUUAUGUUUAUAGAGGGGGAAAAAAGGAGAGAGAAAAGAAGGAAAAAUCAUGUGACGAUAAAAACAUUUUUCUUAAUGAUAACUCUUACACUCCAUUCAUUAAUAAAAGGUAACUCUCACAUCAUCAUUCACUGAUAAAAAGUGUGUUCAGAAUUUAUAAUAUGGUAAUAGGGCUUUUUCAGAGAAUGUGAAGUAAAUUUUUUUUUUCAUGACAAAGGAAAUUGUACUUACAACAUUUUAAUAAACAGGUUAUUAUUUUAACAAUUAUAGAAAGACUGGUAUGAAACAUUCAUGAUAAAUCUCAUAAAGGUAUUGUGCAAUAUGUAUCUAAAAACAUUUAGGCAGUGGCUAGCCUUAAGGACCCAUAUUGCUAGCCAAAAGUUAUAGCUGUAUGUGCGUCACAUACAACUAGACUAUACGCACUUUUCAGACUAGCCGUACUGCAUUUUUAAAAUAACCUAUAACAAUAAUGAAUAUGCAGACUUGUGUUCUAAACAAAGAUUAGAUUAUAACAAAAUAGUUUAAGUAAUUUGAACUUGUAAUUAACACACAAUUUACAUCGUAUAAGAAAACUACUUAAUUAAAGGUUACUGUAUUCCUAGAAAAGAUUUCUCGAUUUUAAGUUAGCGGUUUUCGCGGUAGGCAUGAUUCCGCGAAUCUUUAUAGCCGUGAAUAUGUCACUUAUAACAAAUCCGCGAACAUUUCUAGCUUCAACCAAAUAUAACAUAAAAAGUGCAGAAUAUUUAUUAUAAUCUACUUACACAAAACAACAUAUAAACACAGGUGUUAUAGACAUGUGUAAAGAAUUAUUUAUGUAUGUUAUUGAUACUAGUUUGCACGCUGAAAAAGAAAAAAUCAAUUAUUAGUAAUUAACAUGCUUAUUGGCAUUAUUUACUAGUCACGGCGUUGACAAACGCAUUUACAGUUUGCGAACAUUGAAUGACUUGGAUUUUAUUUGCUUGGAGUAGGUGUAAUCCUUUGUUAAAAGUGCAAGAGCGAUCAAGUGCUACAUUGAUAAACAGCUGUUAUGUUGUUAUAAUGAAAGCGAUGUACAGUCCGAAAAUGUGUAAAAAAUACGUAUCGACAUUUUGAAGAUAGUCAGUUUUGAUUCAAAUGAGAAUAAAAGCUAACAGGUCUGACUUAAUCUUACUUAAUAACAUAAUGAAAAAGGUAAGGAAAUAUGAAUGUGUUCACGGAACAACCGUCCUUGUUCGACUAGUCAAUAGAUGAAAAUGUAUCGAGUAACGUUGCGCUUUAGGCGCGACUUGUCAAAAAAAUAAAAUAAUUAAAAGCACCCAACAGGCAAGGUCAAGCAUAAAAAACGUAGCCUCCAAAAACUGUAAUUUAGGCCGUAGCGACUUAACAUUCGCAGAAUUCGCGGUUAUUACAUAUCCGCGAAAGUUUGUCUCCACGAAAAUGCCGACGUUGUAAAAAACGCGAAAUAUUGUAUCCGCGAACAUUUCUAGGAAUACAGUAAUUUAUUUCUGAUAGAUCUAUCUGAUAUCUUGUCAUAAUAUAAAUGGCAAAAAUAGCAUCCAUAAGAUCAUUUAGAAAAAAUAUAUAUUAUUCUUGUUCGUGAAAAUGUAAUUUAAGACAUACAAGUUAGUGACUUCAACAUUUCAUUUAUUUGUUAUGAAAAAAUGCCUUAUGGCUAUCCUAGUGACUCGCAUACGGACUAGAACCUUUGGCUACCAGUACAGGCCUAUACGGCUAGCCACUUCCAAACUUUUAUACUUAUAGCAAUUCUUUCCUCUUAUCCAGGUUAAGAAUACCUGUGAUAUCAUGUACAACAGGGUUUAUUUGGUCUUAAAUUUUUAUCUGGUGGCUGAUUUUUAAUUAAACUACUUAUAGAUCUUAUCUAGUAGCAUUUUCUCUAAAGCAAUCAAAUUGUAUUUUUUUUUCUUCGCAAAAUACAGUAGUGAAAAUAUUAGAUUUCUCAGUGGCAUUUGAGUAUAGUGAAAAAAAUAUUUUAAUGAACAGUGAAAAAGCAAUAACAAAAAAAUGAAGUAGCUGAAUACAAGAAAAAAUGCAAAUCCUCAAACAAGUUGCAAAUCAUUCUAUUAAGAAAAAUUGAAACUAAAAACAAUUUAGGGAAAAAAAGCCUGUACAAAAAAUGCAUAUUUUGUUUAUAAUAUAUGUAUUUAAUAUUAAUUUUUGUAAAGCUUUGGUCUUUUGUUAGUGGUCUAGCGGUUAUUUAUGUUUGAAAAUUGAGAAGGAAUAUACUUCAUGUAUUUAUUAUUAAAUGAUAAAAAUCUUAA